GUUCGAGCUUCAUUCUAUCCAGGUUCGCUUAUUUGUGUCAAAUCUUUCUCUGUAGAACUCAAUGCUCAUGGGUGUAAUGCAAAGACUCCGCAAAAUGUCGCCAUAGGCUGGCCCAACCCAACUUCUUAUCAGCUUUAUCCCCACCCAUGUGCCUAAUUACCCGGAAUAACUCUAGCCUGAGAGAGGAUUGACUCAGGAGAACUUCAUUAUCUACAUCAUAGCACCCAAUUCCCUCCGAUACAUAAAUCGGACACCUUGGUUGAAGUCGUCUCCCGACCUCCCAUGAUGGCCCCCACAAUUGUCGUCGAAAAGGACGGCCUCCUGCCUUCUUACACUUCUGCUCCACGGAAGUCGCUCUCACCGUUACGCGCCACAAUCUAUCUCGCCCUAGCGCUAGUCUGCACUUGCAGUGCUUUGUGGUCAUUGGAUCUUCCAGAGCUUCUGCACGGUGGGCUUAGCGAAUCCGAGGACGUAUCGGCAGCGGAUCUAUGUCCUCAACCUUCUGCACUUGCGCCUUCGAAGCAUGCAGCCUUUUGGGAAACCUUGAAUGAGACUUAUGCCACUGAUGAUUUCGCGUCCCGCGCUGUUGAGUGGCUUGGAGGAGCUAUCAGAGUGCCAACCCAGAGUUUCGACAAGAUGGGCCCUAUUGGUACUGACCAUCGAUGGGACGCCUUCGGGCCUUUCCAUGACUAUAUUCUGUCUUCGUUUCCGAAUGUACACGCGACACUUGCGCUUACGAAGGUCAACACCUAUGGUUUGAUUUACGAGUGGAAAGGCUCGGACGAUUCGUUGAAGCCCUUGCUUCUUGCUGCUCAUCAGGAUGUUGUGCCUGUGAACCCGGAUACAGUUGACGAGUGGACGCAUCCUCCCUUCUCCGGCCACUUCGAUGGUGAACUUCUAUGGGGCCGAGGAACUUCUGAUGACAAGAACGGCCUGAUUGGCAUUUUGUCCACUGUUGAAACUCUUAUCGAGAACGGUUUCAAACCUACUCGAAGCGUCGUUCUCGCCUUCGGUUUCGAUGAAGAGACGAGUGGUCUGUUUGGCGCCGCUAAAUUAGCGGAUUACCUGCUCGAAAACUUUGGCGAGAACGCAUUCGCUAUGCUUGUUGACGAAGGCGGUAAGUUGCCAUGGCCGUUAGAGCAUCCGUGUAAAGUUGAAUGUAUUUUAGGUGACUACAUGAUUGAACAUGGUAAGGCCUUCGCAACUCCGGGUAUUGCUGAGAAAGGAUAUCUCGAUGUUCGAGUCGAAGUCGAGUCACCUGGGGGGCAUUCUAGUGUUCCACCACCCCACACAACAAUUGGUAUCCUUUCUGCCCUGCUAGUACACUUCGAAGCCAACCCAUACACUCCUCGUCUUGGUCGCGGCACACCGAUAUAUCAGAAAAGCUUAUGUCUAGCAGCCCAUGCUCCUGGCCUACCUUUGGACCUUCGCAGAGCUCUCCAGAAUGCUGUCAAGUCUGAUAAAGCUUUGCGUGCUGCUGAGAAGCUUUUAUUCCAGGAUAGGAUGUUCAAGUCGUUGGUCGGCACAACCCAGGCCAUUGACUUGAUUCAGGGUGGCGUCAAGACAAAUGCUCUGCCUGAGUCCGCUUGGGCUGUAGUAAAUCACCGAAUUGCUACUGAUAGCUCGCUCGACGAAGUGAAGGAGCACGAUACAAAUCUUCUCAAGGACUUAGCAUCCGAGUUUAACUUAUCCUACACUGCGUUUGGGGAGGACAUUACAGGCCAAGACAAGCCUGCUUAUGGCAAGCUCAGAUUGAGCGAUGCAUGGGGUGCAGGUCUCACACCUGCCCCAAUUACCCCGACAGACAAGGAUGCUGCUCCAUAUCAAUUGCUUGCUGGAACUAUUAGGGCGACAUACAAUGCGCAUCGUGGCGGCGACGAUGUGGUCGUUAGCCCGGGAAUCAUGUCCGGAAAUACUGAUACGAGAUACUACUGGAAGCUCACUCCCCAUAUCUUCAGGUAUAACCACCACUAUACGGGAAACUCGACGCUCUUCCAGGAUAUCCACACUGUGAAUGAAUUUAUUGCGGUAGACGCGUAUAUCGAGAUGAUUAAGUUCUUCACGAUUCUGAUCCUUAACGCUGAUGAAUCGACCUCACUGUAAAGGCUGUAUACAUACAUUUUAAUCAGCUGUGCGGAGCCUUGCCAAUACAUUCUCACCUGAUGUGGAGACUUCUGCUGAAUCUCAAGCAUCCUCCAUUUGUAGAAUCGCUAGUGGCCAUCGUGUGCCCGUAAUCAGAUGUUGACGCUGAUUCAAAAUUACGGUUUGACGUCCAAGAUCCGUUACUGAAUGCCUGCCUGCAAGGCGUUAGAUGCUCCAGGGGUGUUGGGGCUAAAAGAAAAGUUGGGUUUGCAC